AUGAUGGAUAAAUCUCUGUCAGAAACCAACUUAGAUGGUAUUUGCAGUAAAGACACCACACCACCAAAUUUCACAUCGCUUCGAUACAAAAGAAAACGGGAUGAGGUUGGCUCUGCAGAUUUUAGGAUCUUCCAGGAAGAGAUGAGAGAUAUGAUCAAAUCACUUUUUUCCGUGCAGGAACAAGAGUUAAAAAAGAUUGCCCCCACACUCAAGGAUAUACAACAGUCGUAUCAAAAUAUUGAGAAAACGAUUGCAUUCUUGUCUGCACAGAAUGAAGAAUUUAAAGAAAAAAUUUUUAAGUUGGAAACUCAAGUUAAGGAAGACAGAACGUAUAUUAAACUUGCAAUAUUACUCCUCACCCUGUCUGUGGCAUCGGGGCUGCAGGGAGUAUGUGACCAGACUCCGCGUCAAGCGAAAGUGUUGACACCGAGUGAAAAAAGCUAUUUUCGUUUAACUAUAGACACGAAGAAUUCCAGUGUAUAUGGACUAGCCCAGACUUAUGUGUUAAUCUUGGAAUCCAUCGAUAGAAAACGCCCGUUCAGAUGGUUCAUGAUCACAGUCGAGGAUGCUUCAAUGGACAACAAUACAGCCGAUAAUGAACACCGACCAAUUGACGUAGGCAGCCUUAAAACCUUGGAUACGAACAGGCAAGCUAGAUACAGUGAGCGGUGUUACAAUUCCGUCGAGAAUUCAGAUAACUCGGAAAAAUAUCGAGUAGAGGUACACUGGGUAUCACCUAAGGAAAACCUACAAAACAGAGAUCAGACAGUUCGCCUUCGUGCGAUGGUGGCUGAGAAUGAAGAGGUGUGGUACGUGGGAGAGAACUUGACGUUAGUUCUAAAGAAGGAUGACAGUAAGCCUUCAGACCACUUGCCUAUAACGCCCACGGAAUACUGUGGUUUGUGCAGUGAAGCUCGAUAUGAGGUAACAUUCAAAGGACAAUGGUCUAGACUGCUUCACCCUCAUCAAUAUCCAAGCAAGCCCGACGAAAAUGAGUACAGCAAUUUAAUUGGUGCUUCCCACGCUUAUGACUACACUCUGUGGCAGCAAGGCGACAACGCGAGUGACGGUUUGAAGACUUUAGCUGAAACAGCGGACGUCACUAAGUUAGAAAGGGAGAUCAUCAACGCGAUGUCGACAGAUAACGGGACACGUACCUUGAUAAGGGGUAAAAGACGGAGACACCCGUACAUGUCGGAGCCAUCGGAUUCACUAUUCAGAGUGGACAGGAUACACCACAUGUUCUCAGUCGUGGUAGCCAUAAAACCCUCACCGGACUGGUUCUUGGGGGUUUCGAGAUUUGAACUUUGUACGAAACUUGGUUGGCAUGAAGAAAGUACCAUACCACUGUACCCUUGGGAUGCAGGAGUGAGGGAUGGCAUAUCGUAUGAGUCGCCAACUUCAGUCACCACUCCGACGGACGCAGUGAACAGAGUGGCAUUCGGUUCAUUUGACAUUCAAUCACCAUUUUACCAGAUGAACCUAAACGAUAUGAAGGCGUUCGCUUAUCUUCACGUCAAAAGACUUGCAGUUUAUCCGCUAAGAGAUUGCGAGGCAGAGGAAGGUACGAAUAGCGAGGGUGAUCACGAUCAGGAACAAGAGGACCAAGCGGAAAACCUCGAGGAGCUUAUUGAAGAGCCAUUUCUGGAGCCGUUAAUAGACAACACGAUGGAAGAUUGCGUGUUCGGUGAAUGGACAGACUGGUCACCGUGUGUUCCCGACUCGGGUACUUGCGGACCCGGUACCCAAAUCAGAACAAGAGAAGCGGAAAAUGAAAACUUACAUUCACAAGUGGAUGUGGAGGAAAAUCCAGAAGUUUGCCGACGAAGUUACAAUGGCGGUCUGACUGAGUUUCAAGAAUGCUUCGUGAAUUGCUCUUAAAAUUAGGUUAUGAAGAAACAUUAGUUACAAUAAAUUUCAUAAAAGUAUAUUCAUGACUUAUAUUAUAGAGUGG